UUUAUUGUUUUUCGAAGUAUUCUCCACGAAGAUUAAUACACAUCUGCAUGCGCUCGAACCAAUUUUCGAAGCACUUCGCUUGCUGGCAGAUCCAAAACGGCCUUUUGAAUGCGUCAACUACUUCUUCUGGUGACUGGUACCUUUGACCACGCAGUCUGUUUUUAAUUUUCGGGAAAGUAAAGAAAUCGUUAGGACUUAGAUCGGGACUAUAUGGAGGAUGGUCCAAUAAUUCCACGAUUUCUUCCGUUAAAUACUGCCUUGUUUUUGGGGCUGUGUGCGAGCUUGCAUUGUCUUUGUGGAGGAUGAUUCUUUUAUCGGGGUUGAUUUUUCGAAGCUCGGUGAUGACUUUUGACAAACAAAUGGUGGUAUACCAAUCCGCAGUAAGCGUUCUUUGCUCAUUAAGAGGAAUUGUUGCAAUAUGACCCGCUCUUGACACAAAUGUCGCGACCAUCUUUUUCGAAACACUUCGAGAACGGAUGACUUUUGUUGGCUUUUCUUCACCUUGGAACACCCAAACAGCCGACUGACGUUUAUUUUCUGGUUCAUAACAGUAAAUCCACGAUUCAUCACCACUAGCAAUGCUAUACACAUUUUUUGAGUUUCCGGAAUUGAAACCGUCAAGCGUUUUUUGAUACCAAUUAAUCCUGGCUGCUUUCUGCUGUUCAGUCAACUGGUGGGGUAUCCAACGAGAAACAAAUUUUCUUACUCCUAGUUCUUCAUGGA